AUGCCGAACAAAGAAUAUUGUCUAAUAACGAAAAACAAAAAAGCCGUUGAAAUAUUAACUAAAUCACAAAUAAAAUUAGCCGCUGUCAAUUUUGCCCGCGAUUUGCAAGAUGCUCCACCAAAUAAAUUACACGCCAAAGAGUUUGCCGACCAAGUAAAAGAAAAAUUCAGUAAACUUAAAAAUAUUGAAGUAGAAAUUUUAGACAAAAAACAAAUUAUCAAAAAUAAAAUGGGGUUGUUGUUAGCCGUUAAUGCUGGCAGUCAUCACGAGCCACGAGUGGUAAUUUUACGCUAUUUUGGCGAUAAAAAAAACAAAAAUAUUCUGGGAUUAAUCGGAAAGGGAAUAACGUUUGAUAGCGGUGGUUAUAAUUUAAAAUCUUCUUCGGCACUGUCCACUAUGAAAUUUGACAUGUCUGGGGCAGCGGUAGUUUGUGCUUCUUUUCUGGCUUUGGCUCAAAAUAAGCCAAAAAUAAAUGUG